AUGGAACCUGAAGAUAGCAAAAAGAUAACCCAGAUCAUCCAGAAAACAACAUGCACAUUCUUCUGAUGAUUUAAAGUUAAAAACCCAACUCCCAAGCCAAAAAAUCAAUACGAAACAAUAGUCAAAAAGAAGAAAAAUAAACGUACUUCAGCUUUAAGACACCUCCCCAAGCUAAAGAUCUCAGACCUAAGUCAACCAAAAGGCCAGGAAGAGGUCAAAUUACCCCCAAAAAUGCCACCUCUCUCCUUAAAAUAAGUCGUCCCAGAAUGCUCUUAAUACACCGUAUGAGGGUGACUAUACGCCUGGAUAUACCCCAAUGAAGUGAUCAACCCAGAACAUAUUUUCUUUUAAGGACAAAGAAUAUCAGAAACAACAAGAAGCCAAUAUGAAAGUAUACAAGCAGUUCUUUAAACCUUCAGAAUCGAGGAAUUCAGACGAAAGCUCCUUUUACUAUGAAGGAACUGAUCCUUUGAGAGAAACAGCAAAAUUAAAAGGAGAAGAUAACCCGUUCCUGGUGACAUCACUCCUAAACACGCCUUCUAAGAACCAGGACUGCCUUCCAAAGAUCACCGAUAGAUCUGAAGCAGCGCCUACUAAAACACAUGAUUUGAUCAAUGAUGCUGAGAAUUGUAUUAAGAAACUAGACAAUUUAUUUGAAAAACAAAGCAUAUCCGUCUUCGCAGAGGACUCAGUUUCAGAUGCGACUAAAAGUAAAUCUGAUCGCGCACGCAAGAAAGUAAAACGCAAUAUCAAAAAGAAAAACAGAAAGAGAAAAGAAAAUAAACCUAAAAAGGAAGAGGAAACUGAGGAAAAGAAGCCUGAACCUUCCUAUAACUUCAAUUUCUGGAAACAUCAGGCAUUUGCACCUGCUGGGGGAAGUGCUGGUAGUGACAACCAUCAGGAAAUGAUAAAAAACUAUAAACCAGCUUCAAAGAAAGAAAGUGAUGAGAGCUUCGAUAUGUAUGAUAGUUUUGCUAUCAACAUCCUCGACAACAAACCCUAAG